AAUCGUAAAUUGCUAAAUACAGAGAAAGAAAAAAGGGGAAAAUUUCGAAAUCUUAUUUGUCCAUAUCUCUCUCAAUUUGGAUUGGCUUUUCUUCUUCGGGAUAUCGGCUCUAGCGUUCGCGGGGUUUUGCAAUCGAGAUCCCUCUUCCAUCUCCAAUCGAAGCUUUUGGCUUUGAAUUGGAUUUUUUGGGUUUCGGUUUCAAAUCCAGCUCCUUUGUGAGAAACCAGGAAAAAAAAAGGAGAGAUGCAGGACCAGCUGGUAUGUCAUGGCUGUAGAAAUACAUUGGUCUAUCCUAGAGGAGCUACCAACGUUCGCUGUGCCUUAUGUAACACUAUCAACAUGGUCCCUCUUCAUCCUCAUCCUCCUCCUCCUCCUCAUCAUCAUGCUCAUUUAGGGAUGGACAUGGCUCACAUUGUAUGUGGUGGUUGUCGUACAAUGCUUAUGUAUACUCGUGGGGCCAAUAGUGUAAGAUGCUCUUGCUGUCAGACUGUGAACCUUGUCCCAGCAACAACCACACCCGCCAAUCAGCCUGCGCAUAUCAGCUGUGGGAACUGUCGAACAACCCUCAUGUAUCCUUACGGUGCACCAUCUGUUAGAUGUGCUGUUUGUCAGUUCGUUACUAAUGUUAAUCAGAUGGGCAAUGGAAGGGUGCCUUUCCCAACUAACCUGCCAAAUGGAACAACAGCCUCCCCUGGUUCAAUGCCCCCCUCUACAUCCACUCAGUCAACACCACCGUCUCAGACCCAAACCGUCGUCGUAGAAAACCCCAUGUCUGUUAACGAAAGUGGAAAGUUGGUGAGCAAUGUUGUUGUUGGAGUGACAACAGAAAAGAAAUAACCCACAAGAUAUUUCAGUCUCUAUCCCUGCGUCUGGUUUGUGCAUAUUACAUACGCGGAAAAGUGACUGUUUUAUGUUAUAUCCUUGACUCUUUUUUUCUUAACCUCCAAGAAAAAAAAGGCUCUCAGAAUCUCUUGUUUUGUUUUUUUGUUCUUUCAAAGUUGAUGAACACAAAGGUUUUUGGUCCAACAAUCUGCCAUUCCUAUUUGUAGACUAUGUAAACUUUAUUGGCCCUUUGUGGCAUUGUUAAUCUAUGUAUUCAUAUAUAA